GAGAACGACGAGAGUGCGAGUGAGUGUGAAAAACGGAAAAACUCCAACCCUCACAGUGUGUACCACCCCCUGGCUCCCGGGGAUCGUGGCUCAUUCAGAAAAGGAAAAGUGAUACGAACGGGGCGACCGGCUUGUGUUACCCCACGUGAGUGUGUGUGCGACCUCAAGUCACCGUGACGUCACGUGAGGCCAUCGUGUCCGUCGGCUGACGCUUCUUCGCCAUGGCCACGGCAACGGGACAUCGGAUGGAAUCGAGCAGCGGGAUGGGUCCCCGUAAGACCAUGAUCAUCAUGGUGACGGUCGUCGGGUGCGUCGCCAUACUUUGGCCCAAGGUUUUCUAUCCCAUGAUGGUCGGCAACGGGCAGAACAAAAAUGUCAUCAAGGAUCAUCGAGGAGCCGGUUGUUGCGGUGUCGUCCUAGACCAGGAAACGUUCGCCAAUGCAUCGAUCAGCUAUGUCAGCAGUCAGCAACAGCAUCAGCAGCAACAACAGCAUCAGCAGGAGCAGCAGUAUUUGUUCCGCAAGCGGAACUUUGCCCCAUUCGUCGAGAUUGACAGUAUACGACAGGAACGGCCACCUCAUUUGCGGCCGGAAGCGAUGCAUCCUGCGAUGCGCGAACGUGGUCGAGCUAUCCCGCAUGCCGGCUCCAUUCACGGUGGAGAACGUCCUCAAUCGGCACCCAGAAUUGUGGAAGGCAGACCCGGUCCCAUACCUGGUAUGCGCCCACCUAUGGGAGCUGGAUCACAUCAAGCAACAAAAUCCGCCAACUCAAUGGGUUUCAUAAUGCCGCUCUAUACCAUCGGUAUAGUUUCAUUCUUCAUCUACACCAUCAUGAAAUUGAUCUUUAAGAAGUCACCGGCCACACCGUACUCGGAGGUUAAGCCCGAUCCGACAUUCCGCAGCGAGGUAUUCACCACGGAGCAGUACAUUAAGCGACCGAACGACGGUACGAAGACGAAGCUUGACCAAUCGCUCGCCACGGCGGCCACAAAUGGUGAGUUGGGUGUGCAGGUUGCUGUUUCAUCUGCCCGAAAUGAUGUAGCGUUCGUCGAGCCCGCUUCGGUACAGUCCGAGCUAACGAUCGAUUAUGAGCAGUUAUCAAAGCAGAAAGAAGCCGCCAAAGCCACUGAGAAUGCGUCCGAUCCUAAACCCUCCGAGUUUGAGCAAGUCGAAGAAAUGAAGAAUAAAACAAUCGAACCACCGGUACCAGUGGAACGUGCAGAAGAAUUCUCUUACGAUGAGCAGCCAGCUCACGAUCCUACUACCGAGAAGGUAGUCGAUGGAAUCGUUGUGCAAAAGGUUGUCUCGUUCGAGGAAUCAGAUGCCGUAUCCUCUUCAUCCAACGGUAAUGAACUUAGCAGUUCUUCGUCCAACGUUGUUGUAGCAUCUGCGGUUGACCAAGUUGAUAGUGUGCUAAAACAAAAUGAGAAUCACGUCGAGGUGCCGUCUUCGGACGAGGUUCUAGAAAAAUUAGUGGUCGAGGAAGUAAUCCAGGAGCAACGAGCGGUGACGCAAACUGCCACCUCGCCUUCCAGCGUAAAAGAAACCGACAAACUGCUUGAGGAAUUCGUGCCCGAAGUAACUAAUUCCGAAACAGAAAACAAGCAAAUCGAACAAGCUCUCCUGCACCAGUUGGAACAAAGCGAAACGAAACAAGAUUUGCAAGACGAUAUAAAACCGCAAGGUCAUGUUGAAGAACGCUUGGAAACUUUAGUUUUCAAAGAAGACGCUAAUGCUGAGCAGCAACCUUUGCAGCCAGUGAUGGAAAUGACUGAAAUUUGUAAGGCUCCAGUUGAAGAAUCUUUUGCUAGCAAAGAAGACGCAGAAACUGAGCAGCAACAACAAGUACAGCAAGUGAGGGAAAUGAAUGAAAUUUCUGAGGCUCCAGUAGAAGAAUCUUUAGUUGACAAAGAGGACGCUAAAUCUGAGCAGUUAGUGAUGGAAACGGAUGCAAUUGCUGAUGUUCCAGUGGAAGAAUGUAUCAAUGCUGUCGAUAAGGAACCUCAAGUAGCCGUUGAAAGCGAUACAAUUUCAUACAAUGCACCAAACUCUGAUCGAAUGGAGAUAGUUGUGGAUGCUAAUAAAGCACUUGAAGAAGAAACUGAAUCCAAUAAUGCUGCUUUAUCUGGGUUGAGUUUCGAAUCAAACAAAACUGCUGAUGAGGAAGUAGAAUCUCAAGAAAUUUCUUCUACUGAUAAAGACGAGACUCCAAUAGUAUCGGAAGAUGUUGCUUCAAGCCAAGUAGGCGAAUCUGAAAGUUUAGUCGAGUUGACCGACAUAAUUUCGGUUGUGGAGAAAACCGACAAUGAUACUAGCGAAACCGAACCUCAGGUUUACUCUCCACUCGAUCAAGCUGAGGAUCCGCAUGUAAACAAAUUGGACGCCGUUAUGUCUGCUUUAGUGCAUGAAACUGUGGAGGGUAUUACGCUGACCGCAGAGCAACUGGUGCAAGAAGUUCUCGAACAAGCUGAAGAACAUGCAAAUCAACAGCAGCAAACUCCCGAGCUGCCGUGUUACGAUGCUGCUACUCAAAAGCUUAUCGACGGUGUUGUUGUGAAUCGGUUCGCCGAAGUAGAACCUAUGCAAGAGGAGACAACCGAAUCAUGCUCUGCCCAGGAUGACUUUGUUAACCAACCAGUCGAUGACGUGGAGCUUGGUGCAGCAGGGCAAGUUGUAGCGGAAGAAGAAUGCGCUGAUGUAGACUCCGUCAGUGAAGAUACUUCGCUGAGUGUAGCGUCGGUGAUUGAACAGCAACCUACGGCUAAGGAGUCAGCGGUGACCAAGGAACCCUCUGCAUUACCUGAUUCGGCGGUGGAGAUCGAACCAGAAGCUAUGAUCGAUAGUACCUCAAGUGAAGUGUUGUUCACCGAAGAUCCUGAUCAGUUGACGGAGGAUUCGAGUGCCGUAUUGCAAGAGGAAGACAGCUCUAAUGAGGCGGGAAACAGGUCUGGUGUAGCUGUAGCUAACGGCGACGAAACGGUGGAAUUGUUGGAAAAACAGCUCCCUGAAACAAAGAUACCAGAUCCUGAAUCCGUUACGGUGCCAGAGGCGUUGAUUACAACCGAAGUGAUGAUCGCUAGCACUUCCAGUGAGCCAGUGUUUGUGGAAGUUAGUGAUCAGCCAACGGUGGAAACUGAGACAAGCUUAGAAGCAGCGUGUGCUGAGAGCGAAGAAUUGGAAAUGCAAGCUACUGCCGCCGUAAACGACAAGGAUAACAAGAGUGUCUCGAUCGAAGAAGUGCACGAUGACACAGUUGUUGUCGAUGAGGUCGAAGGCAAGGUAAUUGAGGAACAUAUCAUACCAAUAAACGUCGAGAAAGUUAGUCCUUCCGAAACGAUCACAGAGAUAUCCGGUGACGAGGAGGCCCCGAAACUCAUCAACAGUGUGCCUGGUUCCCUUGUCACCGUUACCUCUGUAAUGGACAUGAUCGAUGAAAAGCCUGAAUCUGCCGAGCUAGACUCGGAAAAGCCGCGCGAGCGGGAAAAGCAUUUUGAAAUUUCGCCCGAAACGCUGGAGCACGUUACCAAAGAAGCUUUAGUCGAACGCACGCUAAAUGAGGCCGCUGCUGUAGUGAACGAAAUCGAAUCGAUCGUGGAUCAUAUCAUUACCGAAAAGCUCAUUCAUAGUGGCGUAUCCGAGGUGCACGCUUUGGGCUCUGCAGAAUUUCCAGCGACUGAUUUGCAACUGUCCGCUCCACAAGAACCCCCUCGAUUGGCCGCUUCCGCUGCGCUGAUAGUCGAGGCGAUCGAGUCCAAGUCAUCUGGUGUGGUUCAUAGCAUGGUUCAUGGUAGUCAAGAUAGCAUCCCGAAUACUGAGGUCCCUCACGCUACUAACGGGCUUAACACUAACUUGGACGAAACGAUUGGCGAUACUAAUCCUCCCGCUAGUGAGACUCUGGCAAUCGACCCACCAUCGCUCUCAUCCGCAUUGGCACCAUCACCUGAAGCAUUUCCUGUCCCCGGUACGAUGCUGAGCCCACCCGUACUUCCCGUACUUUCGAGCACAUCCGCAGUUGCCAGUGUCAAUGAGACACACGGUAUCACUCUUGUCGCAGAUGUGCAGCACCAGGGUGCACCGGAACAGCAGCAGCUGAGCAUCAACGCAGCCGAUGACAGACUGCAGACAGCGGCAACCCCAACAAUUGGCCAAGUACCGACCAGUGUCAGCAACGUUACUAAUCCCAAAUUUCUCACCUUGAAUCUAGCUAACUAUAGCACUAGCGAUAGUAGUGGUAACAAUAGCAAAAGCUCGACCUUCUCGAUAGCUAAUCUCUCGCAGUCGGGCGCUUCGGUGGUUGGCGGUGACAGUACCGACCAGCUGUUGGAGCUCGAACUGUUGCGUAAGAAAUUGGACGAAACGGAACGCGCUAUGACUAAAAUAAUUGCCAAUAUGGGCAGCAUCCCAAAGGGCCAGGAAUCAAACGUAAGCACGGAUGAACCUGACGCAGCAACGAAGGAGGUAAUCGCUGAAGUUGCUGCUGUUGGAGAAGAAAGCGCAAAAAUAUCAAACGGACACGCAACUCAACCGGCCGAGAAUGCUGCCGACGACACGAAGCCAUUGGAGAAGGAUAACGCGACGGAGGAAAGUUCCAGCGCCAACAGUACGCCCGAGAAGAAGUCGAAAAAACGAGAUACCAGCACCGAACGGGGUACCGUGAAGGUUAUGGCGAUGGAAGUGACGGCCCAGCGUGAAAAUGGCAAACGGCUCAGUCGACCAACGACACCACUGCUACCGAUGACAGGACACCACGAGACGGCAAACGCACCGACAGAGGAACAUGAAACUCGAUCGAUCGUCCUUGAUGGACGAUUACCGCAUGACUCGAAGAUCCUGGUUUCGGACGCAGAAACUGCCGUGGAGAAGUUGGAACCGGAAAAUUCCGAGGAAGAGGACGACGCUCCGGUGAUACUAAGUGGCAAAAUGACGCUGUCAUUGAUCAAUAUGGACUUUAUCGAAAAAGAUGCAACUGGAACCGUCGCAGUGGGAGAAAUCGUCACAGAGCUUCACAAACCGCAAGAUGAGCUCACAACAGCGCCGUCAAAGAGCAACGAAUAAGCUAAUCCAACGGAGGCCGGGUUGGGCGCAAAUCUUGGCGUAUUGUUUCGUUCGAGAAACUUCAAACGUGUAACGUUUAAUGCAUAAGUAUAUUUUUCUAUUGCCGAACGUCCAUUAAAUAUUGACAGAAAGAGUAAGCGUUAAAACGAACAUGCAACAAAGAAACGUUAAACGAAACUAAACACAAAACACAUGAGCUCAAGUCAAUACACAUGCAAUUCUAGUAGCGCACCCUUUAAACAUGUUUUAGACAUUAGCAUAAUUUGCUCACCCUUUUAGGAUUCUUGGCCAACGUAGCGUUGUGCGAAACUGAUACGUUAGAUGCCAAAUUUAAAGAAACGAAAACGAAAAACAUGCUCAAUCUCGCAAAAAGAAACUGUGGCAAACAUACAUAUAAAUACGUACAUUGUCAGUGAGCAGUGAGUAUACCUAGCAGUUGUUUAGCUAUUGUUAAGGAACCGUGAUGAUUUGGGCGCCUUUUCAAGGGCAAUCCCGUUUCAGAGAGAUUUUGCCGUUGCGUGAAACCGCGAACCGUACGUUUAUGUUUGUUUUCUUGCUUAGGUAAUUUACCGAAACCUGUAUCGGAAUGAUAUUUUUCUAAUCGACCAGCUCUAUCGAGUGUUAUACAUAUUUAUUGUCCGUUUAGUUUAGUACAUUCACUCACCAUCAUUAUCAUCAAUCAGGAUCGCAAAGCGUAGACAAAUAUAGUAUGUAGCUUAACAGUAGUACAUAGCCAAUCUAGCCUGAGCAUAUUAUCUCAUUCUAUUACGUUCGCUUCGACACUUUAUUAGUUACAAACGAGCUCCGCCUCUGUACUGCAAGGAAUGUUUACAGCAUCGUUCAUAGGCGACUAUAUUAAAGUGAAUGUAUGAAUUUAUUACGAAGAUGAACAGAAUAAACUAGUUUAUUACA